UCCGCCCCGCGCCCGUGCGCACGCCCGUGGCGGGGUUGCAGGGCUGGGCGCGCGCCCCGCGUCCGGGGCAGGAAGAUGGUGGCGAGCGCGCGGGUGCAGAAGCUGGUGCGGCGCUACAAGCUGGCGAUCGCCACCGCGCUGGCCAUCCUGCUGCUUCAAGGCCUGGUGGUGUGGAGCUUCAGCGGCCUGGAGGAGGACGAGCCGGGCGAGAAAGGAAGGCAGAGGAAGCCACGGCCACUGGACCCUGGAGAGGGCUCCAAGGACACAGACAGUUCUGCGGGGCGCCGGGGCAGUGCAGGCAGAAGGCAUGGACGUUGGCGGGGCCGCGCUGAGAGCCCAGGUGUACCUGUUGCCAAGGUGGUACGGGCAGUAACCACUCGGCACAGAGCCAGCCGGCGAAUCCCACCUGCCCCGCCCCCAGAGGCCCCAGGCCGCCAGAACCUGAGUGGAGCAGCAGCUGGAGAGGCACUGGCUGCUGGCUUCCCACCACAUGGAGAUACAGGGAGCGUGGAGGGUGCUCCCCAGCCCACGGACAAUGGCUUCACCCCUAAGUGUGAGAUCGUGGGCAAGGAUGCACUGUCUGCACUGGCCCGGGCCAGCACCAAGCAGUGUCAGCAGGAGAUCGCCAAUGUGGUGUGCCUGCACCAGGCUGGGAACCUCAUGCCCAAGGCUGUGCCCCGGCACUGCCAGCUGGCUGGGAAGAUGAGUCCUGGCAUCCAGUGGGAAGAGAUCCGUGCCCAGCAGCCUGUGGAGGGCCCCCCUGUACGCAUCGCCUAUAUGCUGGUCGUUCAUGGCCGUGCCAUCCGCCAGCUGAAGCGCCUCCUCAAGGCCGUCUAUCAUAAGCAGCACUUCUUUUAUAUCCAUGUGGACAAGCGCUCCGACUACCUGCACCGCGAAGUUGUAGAGCUGGCCAAACAGUACGAUAACGUGCGGGUGACACCUUGGCGCAUGGUCACCAUCUGGGGUGGGGCCAGCCUUCUGAGGAUGUACCUGCGGAGCAUGCAGGACCUGCUGGAGGUACCUGGCUGGGCCUGGGACUUCUUCAUCAACCUCAGUGCCACUGACUACCCAACCAGGACCAAUGAAGAGUUGGUGGCAUUCCUGUCCAAGAACCGGGACAAGAAUUUCCUCAAGUCGCAUGGUCGGGACAACUCCAGGUUCAUCAAGAAGCAGGGACUGGACCGGCUAUUCCAUGAGUGUGACUCUCACAUGUGGCGCCUGGGCGAGCGGCAGAUCCCGGCGGGCAUUGUGGUGGAUGGUGGCUCCGACUGGUUCGUGCUGACACGCAGCUUUGUGGAGUACGUGGUGUACACAGAUGACCCACUUGUGGCCCAGCUACGCCAGUUCUACACAUACACACUGCUCCCAGCUGAGUCCUUCUUCCACACGGUGCUGGAGAAUAGCCCAGCCUGUGAGAGUCUCGUGGAUAACAACCUGCGUGUCACCAACUGGAACCGCAAGCUGGGCUGCAAGUGCCAGUACAAGCACAUUGUGGACUGGUGUGGCUGCUCUCCCAAUGACUUCAAGCCACAGGACUUCCUCCGGCUACAGCAAGUCUCCAGACCCACCUUCUUUGCUCGGAAGUUUGAGUCAACGGUGAAUCAAGAAGUUCUGGAAAUCUUGGACUUCCACCUGUAUGGCAGCUACCCACCUGGCACCCCAGCCCUUAAGGCCUACUGGGAGAACAUCUAUGACAUGGCGGAUGGCCCCAGUGGGCUUAGUGACGUCAUGCUGACUGCUUAUACAGCCUUCGUACGCCUCAGCCUUCGCCAUGCUGCCACAGUUGCACCCCCACAGGCUACCAUACUCUGCAGGUUUGAGCCCAGGGGUUUGCCGUCCAGUGUGCACCUGUAUUUCUAUGACGACCAUUUCCAGGGCUACCUGGUGACGCAGGCCGUGCAGCCCUCAGCCCAGGGGCCAGCAGAGACGCUUGAGAUGUGGGUGAUGCCCCAGGGGUCACUGAAGCUGUUGGGGCGCAGUGACCAGGCCAGCCGGCUGCAGAGUUUGGAGGUUGGCACUGAGUGGGACCCCAAAGAACGUCUUUUCCGGAACUUUGGGGGGCUUCUGGGACCACUGGAUGAGCCUGUAGCCAUGCAGCGCUGGGCGCGGGGCCCCAACCUCACAGCUACAGUGGUCUGGAUUGACCCAACCUAUGUAGUGGCCACAUCAUAUGACAUCACGGUAGAUGCAGACACUGAGGUCACACAAUACAAGCCCCCUCUGAGCCGGCCCCUGCGGCCAGGAGCCUGGACCGUACGGCUGCUUCAGUUCUGGGAACCUCUGAGUGAGACCCGCUUCCUCGUGCUGCCCUUGACUUUCAACCGAAAACUACCUCUCAGGAAAGAUGAUGCUAGCUGGCUGCAUGCAGGACCACCCCACAACGAGUACAUGGAACAGAGUUUCCAGGGGCUGAGUGGCAUCUUGAACUUGCCUCAGCCAGAACCUAUGGAGGAGGCUGCCCGGCGGCACAAAGAGCUCACAGGUCCUGCACUCGAGACCUGGACAGAUGGGGAAAUGAGUGGUUUCUGGUCUGUGGCGGGACUAUGUGCCAUGGGCCCCUCCUCCUGUCCUUCCCUGGAGCCCUGCAGACUGACCAGCUGGAGCUCUCUGUCUCCUGACCCCAAAUCAGAACUGGGGCCUGUCAAAGCGGAUGGGCGACUCAGGUAGCAGGCCCCAACCAACACACCCGGAGGACCCGGGGAAUUGCACCUUACAGACAAUGGAGGGAUGUCCUCUCCCACAGCCAGAACCAGAGGCCUAGGCAGUAUACCCAUUCAGCCAUCAAGAGCCACACCCACAGCAGGGAAAGUGGGCGCACACUCACUACUGCUCAUGGCUCUGCUAGGGACCAGAGCUUCAGUGGGAACUCCAGGAGGAUGCUCCAGCAGCGCUCCACGCCGGCUCUUCCUCUCCCUCCUAAUUUGUACUUGUUUUUUUAUUUAAAAUGGGUGGGGGGAGGAACUAGAAACAAAAUAUGUGCAAUAAGGCUCAGAGCAGCCCCCAGGAAGGUGGUCAUGGCUGCAGGGAGGAGGGCCUACUUCACCCAUCUGCCUCUGCUCUGGGAAGGCUGGGCCUGUCUUGCUCUCUUGGGCCUGUGGUGCUCAGGGCUGUGGCUCUGCUGGUACAAGUGCCCUGCCAGGCUCAGGCCUAGAAACAAGUCAUUUGGGGGCCAAUGUAGAGCUGGGCUUUAAUGGGACAGCCUCUCCUCUGGUAGCCAGGGGGCCCUAGAGCAGGGGUGGGGCUGGCUCUCAGGCUUUUCAACCCACCCUGCCCCAUGCCAGGAAAAAGGUAAGGCAUCCGAGCCUACUGAGACAUGCAGUUUCCCAGGUACUCCUAGGUAUGCCCUGCACAGGUGAGCCUCACAAGCAGUAUAGGAAGACUGUUAGGGCGCUCAGAAGAACCUGGAGUUCGCAUUGUGCCUGAAGUGUGGUGUGGAGUCUGAAAUAUGCAACAGAGGAAAUAUAUCUCUAUCUCUCUAA